AUGAAAAAAAGAUUGGAAACUACUCGAGUACAAACCCGGAUUAAAGAUAUUCGUCGAAAACUAUAUUAUAUAAAUCAGCAAAAGAGAGAUAUUUUAAUGGAUUUGAAAGAAACUUUUACGCAAGAUGAUUUUCAUUGGGUAGAGCAAGUUAUCAGAGUUUCCGAAAACAGAGAAAACGAGAGUGUGAAGAAGAGACAGGUGAGAAAAUUUGACGCAUUAAUAAAAGAAAAAGAAAAUCUCGAGAAUAAAAAUAGACAAUUGUUAGAAGACCACGAAAGAAUGAAAGAAAAGAUAAAGAAUGAAGUCAUUGAUCUCACGAAAGAUGGUAUCGACAAUGAUAUUAAGAGCUACUUGUCUCUGGGACCAGGUUUUUGUGAAGCUCCCACAAGAGUUCCGUAUGAACGUAUUAUAGCAGAAACAGAGAAAAUGUGUACAAAGAUAAAGAGAGAAGGCGAGAUUAAUGAAAUUGAUGAAGAAAUUGUUGAACAUGAAAUUGGUGAGAUACGUGAAAAUGUAAAAGUUAUUUUGGAGAAAGCUAGACACAAAAAGUAUAAAACGAAUUUGACGAAAGAAGAGUUAAAUGGAAAAAAGAAGGCUCUACAAGAUAAAAGAAAAGUAUUCUUACCGGCAGAUAAAGGACGGAUAAUGGUAGCUAUGGACAGAUUUGAAAGUGAAGGUGGUGAACAAAGUUAUGAAUACAAGAUGAAACAAGUAUUGGUUGAUCUCAAGGCAAAACCUUCUAUAAGAGCAAAAAAGGACUGGGAUUUGACUGAUAAAGUUUGUCGAGAUGGUACAAGGGUUAUUGAAACGAUUGUCGAAAGAGGCGAAAUUUCAAAAGAGAAUGCAGAUCGGUUAAAACCAAAGGAUUGUCACGCCCCUAGGUUAUCAGGACUGCCAAAAAUCCACAAAAAUGGUGUUCCACUGAGAGGUGUGGUCUCAAUGGUAGGAUCGCCUUUUGAAAAACUGUCAAGAUUUGUCAUUCCAAUUCUGAGAACAAUUCAGGGAAGAAGUGGACUUUAUCCAAAAAAUUCGCGAGAAUUGAAAGGAAAAGUUAAGAACUGGCGUGUGGAAAGAAACGAGAUACUCGUGAGUUAUGAUGUGAAGAACUUAUAUCCAUCGAUACCAAUAAAUGAGGCAUUAAAAUUGAUUGAAAAGUUGUUAAGAGAAAGUAAAACCUUAGUAAAUAAAACUGACUUAACCGUACAGUCGGUAAUGGAAAUAUUGAAAUGGAUGUUUGGUUUGUCCUAUUGUGAGUUUGACGGCAAGCAUUACGUAUUAGAAAGUGGACCGAUUGGUCAUGGAGUAACUGGUGAGCUCGCCAUAAUCUAUAUGGAAGAGUUUCAAAUUCGUGCAAUUCCAACAUCUCCAUAUCCCCUUGAUCAAUGGUAUUGGUUGUAGACGACAGUGAAAUGAAGUGCAAGGAAGAUCAAUCCGAUGAAAUACUCGAACACCUGAAUAGCAUUAAACCAGACGUCAUUGCAUUCACGAAAGAAAAUCAAGUAGAAGAUACGUUGCCAGUACUGGAUUUGAAACAAAAAGAGGAGAAAACGAAACAAGUCGAGUGUAUGGUUCAUUAUAAGAAGACACACACCAACAUCAAUGUGAAAGCAAAAUCGAAUCAUCCUCCUUGUAUGAAAAAAGGCUUCAUCAAAGGAUUUUCAGACAGAGCGCGAGCGUUAUGUGAUGAGAAACACCUAGAAGAAGAGCUAAAGAACGUAGAAGAUGUGUUUGUGGCAAAUGGUUUCGAAAGACGGAAGGUUCAAGAAUACAUGCGAGAGGAUAAACGCGAAAGGACUGAGUCAGAAGAGCAAGAGUAUCGGGGAAUGAUAAUUGUACAUUACAUCCAGGGCAUAUCGGAACAACUGAAAAGAUUAGCUUCCAAACAUUCAUUUCGGACGACAUUUAAAUCAGGAAAUAAAAUAAAGGAAUUGAAGGCGAGGGCUCAACAACAACGUGGCGAAAAUCUGUUGUUUACGAGAUCCCAUGCAAGUGCAAGAAAGCGGUGUAUGUAGGAGAAACGUCGAGGUUGCUUAAGGUGAGAAAGAAGGAACACGAGAACAAAGUAAGUUUAACAAACGAGGAUAUGAGAAAUGGACGAAUGGCGGUGGCGGAAGAACGAAUGGGGAAAGAAGACGGAGGUUUAGCAAGGCACAGUAUAGAGUGUACGGAAGAAAUAGACUGAGAGAACACGCGAAUAUUGAGAAAUGAAUAUAGAUUAAGACAGCGGAAAGUUAUAGAAGGAAUUGAGUCUCUUAGGGAAAAAGAAAGUUUUAAAUAGUUUUGAAUCAUUGAUUACUUGGAGACCAAUAUUAAACAAAUUCUUUAUUAAGGAAAACGAGCGCGCGCGUGCGCGCACGCAGUUUAAUUUAAAUUAGCUUGCGUGAGAUGAACGUUGAAAAGUUGUACACGUCAAAUGUAAGAACAAUUUGUUAGCCUGAGGACGGAUAGUAAACUAUCCGAAACGUAGCUAAAAUAAAAGUAUUAUCAAAAACCUCUUGUGUGAUUCUUGAUUUAAAUUAAAAACACAAAAUUAUUUAUUCUUUAUUUUAACACAAACUUGGAAAACCGUAGUUUAAAAACUUGUGAAUUGUGCCGCCAUUUAAUGUAUUUACGUAAUGUAGUCGGUCGGGGCGAGCAACAAUUUUUCACUUGUCACUCGGCGGGAAACAUUGCAUUUAUCUAAAUCCACGUGAUCACACAUCAGCUAAUCACGUUUGGUGUUUACCCUAGCUAUAUGACAAUGCCAAUUGUUUGUUACAUUUCAAAUGGUAAAUAUGACUAACCUUGCGUUUUCGCCUUUGAAAAAGAAUGUUAUGUUUCCAUCAGACAAGAUCCUCAAUGACAAGGUCGUGA